AAUCAAGAUGUCUGCGCCCUUCCGAGUCAUGCGACCCCGGUACAUCAUAGAGACAUUGAAAACUAUUGGAAAAACACGUUUAAGCGAGAAACAAAUUUGUGCUUCACAUUCAGGUUUACUAAAUGAAUGUGUGCUUGCAAGAAGAUUUUGCGGAAUUACUUUUGUUAAGUCAAACCCACUUGGAGUCUCAUCUGUAGCUGUACCGCCGAUAGUUCGACGUGGAACACAAGACAAGCCUACUUUCACUUUGUCGCGAUGUGGUGGGAUCAGAGUUAUGUCCACGCUGACAGAGAGAACUUGUUGGAAAUGUGGUAAAACAAAACAUGGAAGAUCGGAGUUGUUUAUUUGUGUAUGUGGUGUAGUACAGGAGGUGUCUGAUUUAACAUAUUUCCAAGUUUUGGAUAUUAAGGAGAUGUUUGAUGUGGAUCUGAAUGUGUUGGCGUUCAAAUACAAAGAGCUGCAGAAGAUGUUGCAUCCAGACAAAUACAGUCAGAAGACGGAGAAAGAAAGAGACCUUGCAGCCAUACAAUCAUCUCUUGUCAACAAGGCAUAUGCAACUUUAACAAAACCUCUUCCUAGAGCUCUUUAUCUCCUGGAGCUCAACAACCUUCCAGUAGAAGAAGCGAACAGUGAUGUGGACCCAGACUUUCUAAUGGAGGUCAUGGAAAUAAAUGAAGAACUGGCAGAAGUUGAUUCUCCAGAGGCCUUGCAGGGAAUGCAGACAGAAAACGACCAACGUGUGAAAGAUUGCUUUUUGGAAAUUUCAAAAGCCUUUCAAGACGGAAAUAUGGUUCUUGCCAAAGAACACGUGAUUAAAUUAACCUAUUACAUAAAUGUUGAAGAGAAAAUCAAAGAAACUCAUCGUAAAAGUUUUGAAUGAUUUAAUUAGUUUAGUUUAAGAGAUUAUUUAUUCUCUUUGGAGUUAUUCACCAGAUUUUAAUUUGUGUAAUGAACAGGGGUACUGACAAGUAUCCAGUUUUUGAAUAUAUAUGAACUGAUAUUGACAAAGUAUUCUUUGUCACAAUUGACGAUAAUCGUAAAUUUAUGUGGAAAUAAGUUCUUGCAGAAUGCAUUAUUGAUUCAACAAGAAAAACUUUAAGAAACUGGACACUUCAAGAAGUCAAGAUGAAUUUGUGUCAAAGUUUUAUAAAUUUGUUUCCAUUAGUCCAUAAAGUACAUAUGAAUAGGUAUAUAAAUAUCAAAGAACAGAUAUGUUUUGGAGGAUUUUUUGCCCUUCUCUGGUAAAAUCCAUUUUUACAAAGUGUUAUUUUUGCCCUUGACAUCUUAUAACUGCCUAUGUACAUAGAAUGUAGGUGUACUAAUUUUCACUGUCAUGAUAAAUUUGACCUCGUUACAAACUUUGAAGAUUCAAAUUUCUCUAUGUGUUAAUGUUCGCCUUUAAAUGACACUUCUAAUAAUCAUUAGUUGAUUUAUUCACGAAUCAAACAUUUUGAGUCAAUUAUUUUGUGGUUUCAAAGUAUAAUCCAGGUUUGUUAUUAUGGAAACAUUGAAAAUUACAACUAAUAAAUCGAAUUGGAAUGAAAUUAUCUAUACAUUAACACAGGCACUGGCUUUGUAAAUUUAAUUGAUAAACAAAGAAAUGUUGAAUUUGAUAAGAUCACUGUACAAACUACAGUAUAAAGAUAAACAUGCUCUUCUUAUUACUGCAAAUCCAAGUUUUAUAGAUUUUGAAUCAAAUUCCUUUGCUCAUAAUUAUUUUGUCAUUUAGGAAUCACAUACGGUCUUAUGUACAGUGACAGGACCUCAAUGAUAUUUGACUUUAUACAUGUCGUCAAAGUCCAAAUGUUUGGAAUUUUUCCUGAUGGUUCCAAAAAAGUUUGAAACAUCAAAGUUUGACUGUGUUUGUAAAUAGUAAAAAAUAUUUAUCUGGAUUUUAUAAUUUUUGUAUUUAUGAAGGAUUUUCAAUCUAUUGAAGAUGUAUAUUUAUUGUCCAUUGAAUGAAUCUUGAGAUAAUUUUACCUUUUGAUAUCAUUAUAUAUAUACAUUGUUCUGUUUAAGGCACCGUAUAUUUAUUCAAUAAGAUCAAAGGGUUAGUGCAUAGAUCUCCGGCUCAAAACUAGGAGCUGGGAGUGGUGAUGAUAGAACAAUGAAAUAGCAUUCAUUGGCAUUUCUACUGAACUGCAACAGGUAUGGGUGGGCUUACUACCAGACAUGGGCUUAUAACUCAUUCACCCCUGAAGACACAUUUGAGUCCUUCCAAUUCAGAGGUUGGA